CGAGUUGCUCGACAGAGAAAGGGCACGAAGGCGGAGCAGAAUCGAGAAGCCCUAGAAACGGCAUAAUUCCAGCUACAUACCCGGAGACGACGAGGAACGCGGACGCUGCAGCCCGCCCAGCAGAGAGGCAGCGGAAGAGAAGAAGACGCCAUAUAGAGAAGGAACAAGUCGAUGGCGGCCAGCCUGUGGCGAUCGGUAUUCGGAGGAUCGGCUGCCCCGGUGGAGGAGGAGGAGCGCGUGGCGUUCUGGUCGAGCCCGGAGCGGACGGGGUGGCUGACGAAGCAGGGGGAGUACAUCAAGACGUGGCGCCGCCGGUGGUUCGUGCUGAAGCAGGGGAAGCUCUUCUGGUUCAAGGACUCCACUGUCACCCGCGCGUCCACUCCCCGUGGCGUCAUCCCCGUCGCCUCCUGUCUCACCGUCAAGGGCGCCGAGGACGUCCUCAAUCGCGCCUUCGCCUUCGAAAUCUCCACCCGGGGCGAGACCAUGUACUUCAUCGCCGACUCCGAGAAGGAGAAGGAGGAGUGGAUCAAUUCCAUCGGCCGCUCCAUCGUCCAGCACUCCCGGUCCCUCGCUGAUGCCGAGGUCGUCGACUACGACAGCACCAAGCGCUCCGCCAAACCCUCCUCAUCCAGUGAUUAGAAACCCUCCAACGAUGAAGAAGAGAAAAGAUGAUGAUGGUGAUGAUCGAUGAAUAGGUACAGCUUGUCAGAGAUUUGUUAUUUUCUUGUUCUGGUAAAGAAGCUUGUCCUUAAGGUGGUUGUCUCAAUUUUUAAUCAGUGAAUCUAUCAAUUGUCCGACUUGUUCUUUGAGAACUAUUAAGUACAGAAAUCUUGUGAGGACCAUCUUGUAUUAUGACUCUUUUAAUCUUUAUUACGAGUCUUUUGGCUAACGAAUCUCUUGCCCCAUAUGGAUUUUAUCUACCAAGUCUGGAAAUGUAUUGAUGGCUCUUGUCUUCUCCUCUA